AUGAAACCUGUUGGGGCAAGCAAAUGUGUGCCUUGUUCGCAUAUUUUCUGCAAAGCAUGUAUAUCGCGUUUUGAGGACUGUCCGUUAUGUGGAGCUGAUAUUGUGAAGAUUGAGCCCGAUGACAAUCUUCAAGGUGUAGUCGAUCGCUUUAUUGAAGGUCAUGCUAGGAUCAAAAGGUAUGUUAAUUUAGACAAAGGUGAAGAAGCAGCAGAAAAUAAUAAGCCUGUCAUAUACGUGUCUUUGGAAAGAGUGCCAAAUCAAGACUUAGCCUAUGUGCAGAAGACGUUCAUAGUCAGAUUGAAAAAGUUGGUAACACUUCAGAGUUAUGUUCACAACUUGGAGCAGUCUUGGAGGAAUUUAUCUGUCAGGACGACAAACGUGCCAAUAGCCCAGUUUAAGAGUCUUUGUGCUUAUUGGAGUAAGGAAACUAUACAAGCAAUCAGUGAAAAUAACACUAGAAAUAGAGCUCAACUAAAGUGGAUGCAUCGAAUGGGUCCCAAAAACUUUGCUUUGACUCGUGAAAAAGUGCGUGAAAAGGAAAAAAGAGAGCCCACUCAAUCAGAAAUGUUUGUUGAAACUCGAAAAGGAAAUAAAGGAAAGGAACUGGAUGUAGAAACUGGAAAAGUAAUUGACGACAUAAAUGAUAAAAUUCAAGAGGACGACCUAAAUGAUAAAAUUCAAGAGGAUGACGUAGAUGACGAAUUUCAAGAGGACGACAUAGAUCUAGAUGAUGAAUUUCAAGAGGAGGAUAUAGAUGGUGAAUUUCAAGAGGACGACGUAGAUGAAGAAUUUAUGGAGGAUGACAUAUCUAACGAAUUUCAAGAGGACGAUCUGGAUGCUUUACUCCUAGAAGACAAACUUGAAUGA